UUUCCAUUUGCCCCUGGUGGAUAUUUCCCCGCCUCUCUUCGCGAGCGGCGCCCCCGCUACAAAGGCUCCCUCAGGCAACCUCUCUCACACAAAGGCGCCUCUCUCUCUCUCCUAUAAGGAGAAGCCGCUGGCUCUUUGCAGUCGGUGGGGGAGGCCAGCUGGUCAAGCCGCUCUCUCUCUCUCCCUCUGACCCUCCAGCGCAAGAGCCCGCCCUUUGCCUCUCGGCUCCUCCUCCUCGCCGCAGGCAGGCUCCCCGCCCGGCCCGUUAUAGUGCGUGAGGGGGCGGGAGCGCCUGCGAGUAGCGCUCUGGAGACUGUCUGGAAGGAGAGACGCGAGAGACGCGGCGUGGGGAAAGGGCAGGAGCGCGUCGUGUGAGUGCCGCUGCGUGCAACGGGUAGGGAGGGCUUCGGCUGGGGAGGCGGGAGGCAAAGUCCUCUCGGGGCUCCUGGAGCCCGCGGCGCUCCACGUGGCGCGGCAGAAAGGGGUGGCCGCCGGCCGUCUUGGGGGCAGCUUUUCGGUCUGCCCGCCAGCCCCGGAGUAGCACCAGCGCGGGGAAAUGGAGGGGGGGGGCGCGGACGGGCGACCCGAGCCUGGGGAGCCGGGCAGGAGGUGGAAGGGGCGCGUGGCGACGGUGGGGUGGUGCUGGCACAGAGCUGUGGGGAGGGUUUUAAGCCCCGGGGGAUGCACUAAAGCGAGGAGGUCCGAGGCCCAAGGUAGCCGGCCAUCCUGCCACGUUGGCCAUGGGGAAGGGGGUCCCGUUACUGAUCGUUUAUCACUUUAUCUUUAAGUGAGGACUGCUUGGGUCAGGGGCCAUUGCAUUCGUCUGUUUCCUGAUUCCUGGGGAUUUGCUGGGCUGGCGGGGAGGAGAGGGGACUGGUUGGCUAGCUUCUUUGUUUGAAUUCAGCAUGUGGUGGUUUGGGGUGCAUGGCGAAGAAGGAUUCUUUAAUGUUUCUGCUAUGUAUCUUACAAGGGUUAGAGUUGGGUAUGAGUAGUUGCGCGCAUGGCUUGCUUGCUUUGCAUGCCUGCAUUCGUCUUGAGAGAUCAGAGGAUAUCUGACUUCCCUGUUGCACAGGCGUGCAUCUCUCACCGCUGAGAUGCAGGUUUUGAAUAUAGAUAAGCCUAUCUAGCCCACACUGGGUAGCCCUAGCAACUCACCUCAAAAUGAUUUGCAGCAGAAGUGCGAGAGGGCUUACCAUAUUCCUUUAAAUGUCCUAUUAUACUUGACAAUCCUCGAUUUCUCACCGCUUGGUUGUAGUUCAAUGUGUGCUCUGCCUCCACUUCAAAUACUUUUGUUGGACUUAAUGUGAGGUGGUAAAUUAAAAGUUCUAUCUUUGAUGGCUUUCACACACUGAUGUCUUCACUAGAUGUUGCAACCUCCAAGUGAUGGCAACCAUGUGUGAAUCGACUCUUAAGUCUAGAACCAGUGGAUUACUUACAGUGAAAUACAAGGAUGUGAGCUUGCCUUGUGAGAUGAUGCUAACAGGUAUGUGGGACUGCUUGCAGUUCUGGUUGUGGCAAAUGAACAAACAUUGUUCCUUGAGUGCAUCACCUCUUGUAUCUUUCGAAAAGGAGACAAACCUUUAGGAAUAAAGCCUUGCCUGUUUCUUGUGUGAGCUCAUCAGCAUUUCAAAAUAGGCACUCUUUGGACUGGGGGAGGACAACUUUCUCACAAUGUGAUUUGCCUAGUUUACUGUGCCUUCUUUUGGUGACAUUUUGAACCUUAAAGACUGCUGACACAUCAGGUUAGCUUAAAGCAUUCUUGGGUACAGAAGCAAUUGUGCUGAACUGGCAUACUGUCUGUUGUUUUCUUCAGGCACAAGCAUGGCUCAGCAGUUAAACCUUCCCAAUAAGGAACCAGUAAUUCUGUGUCCCUCUCUGUUUACAAUUUUUAAUAAAGAAAGUUACCCACCUAUUUAAUACUUUAGUUAUUUCUUGCAUUUGUUGACCACCUUCCUUGGUAACAAUUUCUUGAAUGACCUGAGUUUUGUUGUAUGGACCUAUUGUCAUAUGGAAUCUCAGUUCUAUGUCAGGAAACUAUGUUACGGAGUUGUUCAGGUCUCUAUAUCUUUUGAAAAGUACUACAGAUGGUUACAUAGCUGGAGGCACAGUUAUCAAUAGGACUGAAUCAUUGUUCCUGCCAUCUGAGAAAGCUGAUCAGGUUAUGAUUAUGAUAUAUUCUUUUGCAUUUUUCAUUUUCAAGCUGUUCAUGUCUUCAGUUUUAAGUAAAAUAUUAAUUGGUUGCUAUGCAGCACACUAUUUCCAGAUACAGAAAGAUGUUUCCAAACUUUUUUGCUUCUUCACAGCUUCAGUACUUAUUAAACUUUAUUAAAAUUUUAUACUAGCAAAUGUGAUUGGGUGACCUUAAAUACAUUUAUUAUAUUCUGUCACCUCUGCUUGUAACUGCUUUCCUACAAAUUGAUGAUGAGAACCUUCUAAUUACACAGCAGCCAAUCAUGGGAACAUGACUGCAGUUAGAAAGCUGGAGAGAUAUGGAUGCAUCUAUGAUAAAGAAGGCUGAUCGCCGAAGAAUUGAUGCUUUUGAAUUAUGGUGCUGGAGGAGACUCUUUAGAGUCUCAUGGCCUGCAAGAAGAUCAAACCUAUCCAUUCUGAAUGAAAUCAGCCCUGAGUGCUCACUGGAAGGACAGAUCCUGAAGCUGAGGCUCCAAUACUUGGGCCACCUCAUGAGAAGAAAAGACCCUGAUGUUGGGAAAGAUUGAAGGCACAAGGAGAAGGGGACGACAGAGGACAAGAUGGUUGGACAGUGUUCUCAAAACUACGAACAUGAGUUUGACCAAGCUGCGGGAGGCAGUGGAAGACAGGAGUGCUGGGCGUGCUCUGGUCCAUGGGAUCACGAAGAGUCGGACACAACUAAAUGACUAAACAACAACAAAUGAUAUCUAUGAUAAUACCACAGAAAACAAAUGGCCGUAAUGUACAUGCAGUACUGGAGACCCAUUUCAUUUUUAUGUUUAAGGCAAUGGGAUGAUUGCUCAUUGUUUUGCUGCGUGAUCUGUUCAGUGUAUCUUUGCCUCAGCAUGUGUGUCUGUCUGAGUUCUGCAUGCAUUUGAUUAAGCCAUGUUGAUGGUGGUUAAGCACCUAUUUCUGCACAUUUCAGAAAUGUUGCAGUUGCUUUAAGAAGAACUGCCAAGUAGAAUAUAGUAGUGCUGUUCACCACCUGGUUUUGCAGCUGGCCGUUAAAGAAGGAACAAAACAACUCCUUUGCACUUUGCCAUAUCAGGUACAACCUUUUGGGGACGAAUGCGUGCCAAGCCAGUGAAGGGAGAAGGAACAGCCUUGGUUUAGGCAGGCAUUCUUUAUAACUUCUGGCCCAUAUUUCCAGUCCUGUUGUAACAGCUUGGCUGUGGAUAUGCAUGUGCCAAGAGGCAAUUCGUUUCUCAUAGUUGCAGAUAACUCUCUCAAAUACAUUCUGGUUGCAUCAUGCUGCAAUCAUAAGCUGGCCAAGUGUCAAUCAAGGUAGCAUUGAGUGUGUAGUAUGUUUUGUGUGUCCUUGAGUCUACCACCUUGGCUCUAGGCAUGCAUACCUGGUCAGCAUCACCUAUAUUUUUCCACCAACCUUGUUAUUUCAGUUUACCAAACACUUUCCCUAUUUCUCUUUCAUUUCUCUUGUAGCCCAUAGUACCAUAUAGCUUUUUGCAUCCUGACAUUCUGAGUUCCUUACUCUCCUUGGUGUUGCUGGUUGAGUUCUGAACAAAUAAGGGUGUGUUGGCACCUGUGUACUUUACAACUUAUCUUUUCAUUCUAGUCCCCCCCCCCUACAUUGCCCUGGUACUAAUCUUUUCGCAUUAUCCUUUAUAUAUGUAUUUCCUCCUUUUAAGACUGGUGGCUUCAGCUUUUCUCCUUUAGAAAACAUUUCCUAAAGUAAAGCUGCAUUUUCAUAAUUGUAUGCAUGCUAAUAGCAUAAUAAUAGAAGACAGGGGAAACUUUAUGAUGAAAUGGAUGUGUCUGAGCCUGUGCAAGGCUAGAACAAGUAUCUCUUUCCUACUCUAUAGCUUCUAAUUCAUAUUAAUUAUACUUUAAACCAGCCUUCAUCUCCUAAUGAAUAGUAAAAAACAUUAGUGAGGUGUAUUGUGAAUAGGCAUGUUUUGGCAAAAUUGUUAUGUAGAAAGUUUCCAUAAUGAGGGAAAGGGCAGUGGCUGGGAAAGAUACCAUGAAAUAGUUAGAUCUGGCUGAUCAUGGGAUGAUAUCAGCUCUUUCAAUAGAAGGUAAACUGUGGACAAUGAGAGUAAAGCUAGAUAUGGUCUGAGGCAUGGGUCAGUGCCGGAGGGCGGGGGAGCGCGUGCCCAUCCGCGUGUGCACACACUAUUUCCGGCGCACUUCCCGGUCGGAGGGGCACCGGAAAUAGCUUGUGCGCAUGCGCACGGGUGUCCUCCGACCCCAAUCUGCACUGGAAAUAACGCAUGCACAUGCGCAAAUAAUGCUUGCGCAUGCGCACAAGCUAUUUCCGGUGCUCCUCUGACCUGAAAGUGGGCAGCUGCGCAGCGCAGUGCCGGUAAGAGUGGGCGGUGGGGGUUGCCGCGGGCUGCAUAAAUGAGUCCCUCAGGUCUUAGUUUGGGGACCUCUGGUCUGAGGUGUUCAUACAUCUUUACUCCUUUUAAACUUUUGCAAAUAACUGAUAAGACUUUCUUGACAAAAUAAUAAUCCAUGGCUAUAUAUAUGUUUUGGGUAAUAUGGAAAAUAAUAGUUUUUGCCAUUUUUCAUUAGGAGUUUGAUGCAAGGGGAAAGGUUUAAGCCUCUCCCCUAUGCUAUGAUCCAAAUGCAGACCUCUCAACAACCCUUUGGAAAGUUUAAAUGAAAGCAGAGAUGCAAUCCACUAGUUUUUGCUCACAGUGAUGGAUCAUGGAGAUAUAGACCACAUUAUUUCUUUGUAUUAUUACAUUCAAAAAUAAUAAAAGCCCCCUCACUUCUUCCCACUCUCACAAUUUUACAGUAGAUCAACUUGAAAUGUAAUUCAAACGAAACUCUGAUAUUCUGUACAGUGAGAACUGUUCAAGCAAAGCUUCCUGCUCCUUAUGGAGCAUUAUCCAUGAAUCUUGUGCUUCUCAUGCAAUCUAGAGCUGCCAGUGGAUUAACUUCUUUAACAGAGCUGUUUUGAUCUUAGCUACUUAACUGAAUACUAACCCACAGCAGUGAGGGUUUAUAUAACACUUUGGCAGCCCGAUCCUAUAGUUCUCCUGCGCAUAACUGUGGCAGAAACCACAGUAUAGUGGCAUCAUACAUUAAAUAAAAGGAGUAGGGUCAUAACAGAUAAAGAGUGCCCCCACCGCAAUACUUGCCUGUACCCUUAACUAUCUGUGUUCAAAGCAUAGUGUUGCAGAAGGAAUUUGAAGCAGGGCUGUUUUGACUAGGACCAGGAAGACAGUUCAAACAAGAUAACUUGUACACCAGAAUAUACUGUAAGAAACCGUCCCGGUGGAAAAUUAUUCAUGCUACUUUCUAACCUUGGAGCACACACUAUAAAGCAGGGAAAAGUUUUCAAGGCUUUGGGUGGCCAGGCACCUGCUUUGGUUUAUUUAUUUGUUUCCAGUGGUUGGAUUUGUUGUUUGACCCAUGUUUUCGCAUUCAGGAUAGCAGGUUCUCCUAAUGCCUAUUCUUUUAAUUUUUUAAGAUUUUUACUGUUGGAGGGACGCGGGUGGUGCUGUGGUCUAAACCAAUGAGCCUAGGGCUUGCCGAUCAGAAGGUCAGCGGUUCGAAUCCCUGCGACGGGGUGAGCUCCCAUUGUUCGGUCCCUGCUCCUGCCCACCUAGCAGUUCGAAAGUGUGUCAAAGUGCAAGUAGAUAAAUAGGUACCGCUCCAGAGGGAAGGUAAACGCCGUUUCCAUAUGCUGCUCUGGUUCGGCACAUGACUCUCUGCUGGCCACAUGACUCGGAAGCUGUAUGCGAGCUCCCUUGGCCAGUAAAGUGAGAUGAGCGCCAGUAAAGUGAGAUGGUCAGGGGUCCCUUUACCUUUUUACUGUUGGAUGUAUACUGUUUUUAUACUGAUUUGCAUCAUUUUCUACGCAAAAUAUUUAAGGAUAUACAUCAGUAUCCGUUAAUUUACUGACUUUAUUCAACAUUGUAUAAAAGUAUCCCUCUGCUGUAGGGGAAUGGAUCUACAAAACUGUUUUUAAUUUUCCUGGAGCUGGAAGCCUAAGCAUUUCAAGUCUUUUAUUUAAAUGAACAGGGUUUGUUUAGAUGAGUAAUUUGGAAAGUCUAGUGAGUCCUAGCACAAAUAAAUUCCUGAACUGACAGCAUGUUUUGCAUGAUGCAACUGGGUUAUAUAAGGUAUUGGUAGCGGUUACCUACGUUUUCCCAUUUUAAGCUAUCGGAAUAGACCGAGCUGAAUUGUAAAGAUCACAGAGUAAACUGAACUGGUGUAAAACACUGUUCUAGAAGUCAGUCCUAAUAAGGCAGAGAAACUUCUAAUUUUUGUGUGGAAUAAAGGCCUGGUUACAGAGAUGCUGUUCUGUGAAUAGGAGAUCUAUCUAGCUGGUGCCUGAAUGGGUUAGCUUUUUGUUAAUCAGUGCUAACUCCAUUUACUUCUAAUAUUUAAGAUGUGCCAAUAUUAAUUAAAACCAACCUGUUCAAUCAAGUGCUGCCGAUGGGAACAAUUGUACUGAGUGGCUCUACGAGAUAAAAACAUUCUGUCAGGGCGUUGAGCUACACUGCAGUAUAUCCACAUAAAAAUGAAUCUAUUGGCUCAUAAUCUUUAAUAAAUCUAGAAAUGAGAACCAUGGAAUAUCAAAUAAAAAUCUAUAGUAAUUUAAACAAGAGAUGCAUUGAACAUCUCAUUAAAUAGAACUGCAAUAUGAAGGUUCUAUACAUUAGUGACAGAGCACAGAGCUCAUUCUCUCUCCUGCACCUGAUAGACUGUCCCAUGUACAACCUAUGGCAGGCUUUGCCAUCUUGGUGUCUUCUAGAUAGUCUGUACUACAAAUCUUUUCAGCCCCAGCCAACAAAACAUUACUUACAUGGGAAAGGGUUCCAUCUUAACAUACCACAGUCCUCUUCAGGCAUUACAUGGGAAUGAAAUACUAGGGCAUCAGCCAUCUUUCCUCAAUUGUUACCAGCUGUGUGGUUGCCACUUAUUGUCCUACGCUCAUCUUGAGAUUUGUGGGAUAACAUGAACAUAAAUGCAUCCCGUGUUGAGAUUAUUAAUACAUUUGAAUUCUGAGUGUACUUUGGAAUUGUACCAUAACCUUGGAAACAGGGUGAAUGCUUCCAUCUUGGUGAUGAUUUCUAGUCCUGAACUCUUGUCUUGAGAUGCUUCACAACUGAUGGGAAAAAAUACAAUUUUGCUUAUGGGUAUCUUGAUUCUAAGUCAGUUUUUCUUUAGUGAAAAUCUGAAUCUCUUAUUUCAUUCCCUGUAACUUUGAACACACUGAGUUAUAAAAACAAAUUGCACUAUUCAUACUAAUUACACUCUUGCUCCUGCUAUAAACCACCAGGAUAAGGGACUUCAAUUCAGGCUGGCUCUGUUUUCGGCUAGCUGUUCUGUGCCACAGCAUAUAGCUUGCAAAAGUGCCUCAGUUCCUAGUCACAAUCAUGAGUAAUUUAGACUUGUAUUGAAUGAGUCUCUCUCUGGGUCAUUUUGGAUACCGUUAGCCUGAUGCGCACUAGAUGUAAUCAUUGUGAGAAUUAACAUAUGGAUAGGACCCUAACUAAACAAUAAUAUAAUACUGGGGGGAAAUCUAAAAAUAUCUUUUUAACAUUCAUAGCCUUAUUCACUUGAUCUGGAGCCAGUUCCUAGUGUUUGAGAUGAAAAUAGAUUUGUUUGCACACUUUGUUGUACUUUGAUCUUGUGCUGACUUCUCAGAGCAGGUAAAGUUAAUAUGGCAAGACUGUGCUUUUUAAUGUCCUCUAACUUUGUAUGCAUGCAAUCUAAUGAGUCCCAUUGUAAGAUACAAGACAUUUCAAUCUAACUUUGUUGUUUUAGCGUUGGUAAGUAAGUAAUGGGGUGCUUUUUGUCAUAAUUGUUAACAUGAUAAGUAUCUGAAAAAUACAGUUUUGAAACUAAGAGGUUCCAAUUUUAUUUUUCUCUAUGAUAUUUCAUUUUUGGCUGAGCUUGAGCACUGUCACAUAUAAGUGAUUUAACACUGACCUUGCUGGUCCAUAGUUCCAUGACAGACUGCAGAUGGUCCAUAGUUCAAAGACUGGAGCAACAAUUAGGAAGAAAACGGUUGGGAAGAAAUGUGAGAGGGUGACUGGGAAUCAUUGUGAACUUCCAGGGGAAGGAAUCACUUUUGUAAACUGAUGAAAUAGUGGCUUUCUCAGAUCUGAGGUUUAAGUCCUGUGUUACUUCAAAACAGAUAGGCUUUCUGCCUGGUGAACUGGGGAUGGGACAAUAUUCAUGUAUGUAUUGAUAAGAACGUGUGAACUCUGUUGGGGCUGAACAUUUAUGAGUAGUGUGUCAUAAUGGAAGAUCUCAGUGAUUUACUCAAUUUACUUCCAAGUAGUAUGCUUUAAACUGCUACCUGAGAGAUUUCCCAUUAAUACAAUGGAGUUUUUUUUCUGAUUUGGAAUAUUUUUUCAGAACCUAAAAUUCUUAAAACUUGAUUUCUGCUUGAAUGAGGUAGAGAGUAAUGUUACUUCAUACUUGAUUUCCAGCAAUUGUGCUGGAUUGGUAAUAUAGCAGAAUAUAAGAAGAGCCUGCUGGAUCAGACCCAUCUAGUUCAGCAUCUUGUUCUCACAGUCGCCACCCAGAUGCCUGUGGGAAACCCCUGAGCAGGGCCUGAGCAGAGGACAGCACUAUCCUCCUCUGCAGUUUCCAACAAGUGGUAUUCAGCAGCAUAUUGCCUCCAAUAAGAAAGAGCACAGUCAUCAUGGCUAGUAGCCAAUGAUAGCCUCUGUCACAUGCUUUUAAAACUUCACAUGAACCUCAGCCUCUCUCACCUGCAGCUCCUACCUGUAUGUACCUUUCCUCUGAUUAUUCCGUUUUUCCAGUUUGCCUUCUCUUGCCCUCAUUCCUUUGGUUAGCUUCUGUGACAGUCUUCCUCUUCUAGGACCUCAUUAUUAUCUAGGUCAAUGGUUCCCAAUUAGCUAAUUACUGAGGACCUCUGUUUUUCAAAAGCCAAGCCACAGACCCCCUACUUUUGAAAAUUUUGAUAACUCUCUGGUAGAGAGCAAUUUUUGAACAAAAAACAAUGGCUAAUAAGCAAAAGAUAAUGAGCAACAAUUUUAGGUAUACAAAAUAAUAACAGAUUAGGGCUGAGCGAUAUCUGGUUUUCAACAUUGUGAUAUAUCAGCAGCUAAGUAUCACAAUAUAUCACAAUGUCUGAAAUUGGAGAUCAGGCAUGGGGAUGAGGGAAGGAGCAAACACAAAAGAUCAGAUGGGUGGGGUGUGUGUAGAUCAGGCUUGGGGAUGUGGGAAGAAGCAGCUGCAGAGGUCCUGCAGGUGGGGUGAGUGCAGAUCAGAUGGGGGUUGGGGGAAGGAGACGAAGCAGAGUCACCUCCACUGAUGGAUUGAGUGGGAGGAGAUAGAGAUGGGGUGCAUCAAGCUGCUGUCAGUGGGGCAGCCAAUGGUGGCAGAUGGAAGAAGCGUUUCGCAUAAUAAUCAUUUCCUACUGAUAUCUGCUCCAUCUUUUCCCUCUGGCAAGGAGUUACUCAACUCAUGAAAAGCACAGUCAUUUGUUCUGCAGUUCUUGUGGCAGCCUCCUCAUUUUAGGCAGAGUUGCUAAUCCAGAAGCUCUAUUGUUCCCUUUCUACCCCCAUAUGAUUCUCAAAGUAUUUUCACCCACCGCAUGAAGCUUCUUCUCUUCCCAUUCAUUUUGUACCUUAACACCCACUCUCCCCCAGUGUCAGCUUCUUUCCUUCCUGGUCAUUUUACAUUCUCUUCUUUCUUGUAUAACUUCUUUCCCCUCGCAUCCCCUUAACCAUUCCCUGCCUGUUGUUCCUGUUUGCUGCUGUUAUAUAUUAACUUUUUAUCACUUGCUAUAAGUUGAACGCUUUCUCUGGCCCUUUCCUCUCAGAGCAUGCAAGGAGGUGCUGACCCAACACAGUGGUACCUCGUGUUACGAACUCCGCUAACCCGGAAGUAGCUGCUCCUGGUUGCGAACUUUGCCCCAGAAUGCGAACUGAAAUCACGCACCAGAGGCAGGCCCCAUUAGCGAAAGCGCGCCUCAGGAUAAGAACGGUUUCAGCUUAAGAAUGGACCUCUGGAAUGAAUUAAGUUCGUAACCAGAGGUACCACUGUAACAGGACUAAGGCAUGCCUGAGAGAGCAGGGGAACAGGCAAAUGAGGCAGGGCUGUGGCAGUAGCCCAAGGCCCACUAUCUGAAAUGCUGCUGUAGAACAAAUUUGACUGACUUGCAUAUCUUGGCACCUAGAUGUGAGUUUAGUUGUGUGGAGUUUUCCGCCCUCUGUUCAUUUUAGUACUAAAAUCACCUAGCAUCAGUGUUUGAAACUCUCAUUGUUCUAGGCACAUUUUGUGAUAGGCAAUUUCAUUAGCGCAAGCAGUUUCUGAGCAACGGACGCAUUACUGUGCCUAAGAUUUCAGAUUAAAACUGCAGAGUGGAAGGAGAAAGGAGGACCUUUUUCUGCCUCCCCACUUCCAGCUACACUGAAGACUGGAGAAGAGACCCUCUUAAGAAUAUUAAGGGGGUGGGCAGGGGAAGGACUAGACCAUGUGAAAAAUGAACAUAACAUUUUAGCCGCAGCUCAUUCAUUUUCAGCUUUGUAUUCUUGUUAUUAAAAAGUGUGCCUAGACAUUCCGUUAUUGCAGCCAUAUCCUCGGUUUAACGUGCCAUUUAGCUCCUAGCUUUCACAUCUCAGUUUCUAACGCUGCCUGGCAUCAAACUGUUAGUGUUCUCAACUCAAGAUUUGUACACUUACCAUACAAGUAUGAAUUUAAAGGUGUCCCUGAGAGGGAUGUUUAAGCAUAACUUUGGAAGGAAACUACUUGGAAGGCUGGGACACGUGUGGUGCUGUAGUCUAAACCACUGAUCCUAGGGCUUGCUGAUCAGAAGGUCGGUGGUUCGAAUCCCCGCCACGGGGUGAGCUCCCGUUGCUCGGUCCCUGCUCCUGCCAACCUAGCAUUUCAAAAGCACGUCAAAGUGCAAGUAGAUAAAUAGGUACCGCUCCGGCGGGAAGGUAAACGGCAUUUCCGUGUGCUGCUCUGGUUUGCCAGAAGUGGCUUAGUCAUGCUGGAAAACCGGAAAGCUUGGUCACUGUUAUGUGUCACAUUGGGUGGCCUAAAAACGUAUUUACCUGCUAUGAAUCUAAAGUGCUGGCAAAUUGCAUUGUUCUUGUGAAGGAGAGGCACUGCUGCCACUUUUGUAGAAGUCUAUCAGUCUUCUGUCUUUCCUUUACCCAAGUUCAGAGACUGACCACACAAAGAACAUCUCUUUUUUCAGGUUGCUUAUGGGAUAUGCUGUGGCUGAUGUGAAAAGGAAUGUUGUAUCGUUUCCACUAGUUGAAAAACCCUCAGUAGUUCUCUGUCUGCCUGUUGCUGACCUUAGUUCACCCUGUGAGCUUUGCAAUAACCAAGGAGGCCCUCAAUUGUCUAUUGUGUGGUGCUGAGCCCUUACAAGCCCCAGAUAGUCACGUAUACCAGGCAGAGCCAGAUUUUCUUCUAGCCAAGGGGACUGAGCAAAACUCCACUUGAAACAAAUUAUUUUUGUCAGAUGAAACAAGAGGGGAAAGUGACUAUGAUGAGUUUUAUUUAAGCUUGUGCCUCUUCAGAUAAAUACUGUUGAGAUUUUGUUCUGUUCAGACGUUUUCUUCCUGUUGAGCAAGAAGUUUGUCCCCUUUUAACUGCCUUACAGUUUUUUUAACCUAUCCAAUUAACUGGGGAGAGGUUUUCCUCUGUAGAUAGGGUGGUGACACAGCUCCAUUUGAAAAGUGCACAUAGCCAGAUAAAAGGCAUUUAAACCUAUUCAGAAGCACUAUGUAAACCAAUCUUGUGCAGCAGAGGCAGUAUAGGGUAAUUGUUUUAUGAACUGAUAGGAGAAAGACCUUGCUUGCCAUAUAGAACAGAGUUUGUUAUUUACCCACUCCAGUAAAACUUUAGAUAUGUUUUCAUGUUUUAAUUAUUUUGAUACUACUGCCAGUGUCUGGUAAAUAUUGAUUCCAAUGUCUUUUAGUUUAAUGCUUGCAAUUAAAUUGACUCUCCCAAACCCAACAAUAGUUAAUUAGGGUGGACUUCAUAGCCAUAAUUUGAAAUAAAGCAAAUGGAGCAACUUGAAUCGUGUACAUUGUGGCCAAAUUGUUUAUAUAAAAAGCUGAAAAUGUUUAUUAUCUUAUUGAACGGGCCAGUAGAGCAAAUCUGGCCAAGCUUUUUCAAGAGGCCUUUCUCAAGGGGCAGGCACUGGAAAAAGCCCAGUUUCUGGUAGCAACUAACUGCUUCAAAAUCUGGUGACACCUACAGAAGGGUCUUGUCGCUCAAUGCCAAUGGUUUCUCUCUCUGUGUGUGUGAUACGAAGAUGCAUAGCUGGACUUAAAUUUGUUGGCCUGCACCUUUAAUUUUGGCUGGAAACAAAAUUAUAGCUAGUGGAACAAAGUAGUAUCCAGGAAGCAAACCUACGAAAUCACUUACAGCUUUGGAUGCCAGAAGCAAACCUGGACCUAGAGAAUUCCUGGUUUGUGAAUCUGAUUUUUAAGCUACUGUGACAUCAAACAGGAUCAGCGUAUGAACUGCCACUCUAGGCAUGCGCCAACGGUUAUAAGUCUGGAUUGAGUAUCUCAUUCAUCUAGUCCGCUACUAGACUUUAGAAAGGUGUUCAGGGAAGCCACUGACUCACCUGUCUUUGAUGAGAAUACAAGAAGGGAGCAUACCAAAUAGACUUUGACCCCAGUCUCCAGGUACAGUUAGCCUCAUAAAGAUCCCUGUGGAACCUUCCUGGAUCUCUCCCAUGAAAAGGAACAGUAGUCUCUCAGCACCACCUUCAAGAUCAACCUUUUGGAAAAAUAGAAGCGGAAGCAUUGCAGAACCCCUGCACUUCGUCUGCACAGUUGGCUUGUAACUAUUCCAUGUUUCCCCUAUCUACCAAUACAGACUUUUGACCAGGAAGACAAAGGCACUUUCUGCCCUGAAGUCCAGCCAAAAUCCAUUCCAUCCAUGAGUGCCUGAGGCUGUUUGGCCAUAGCUUAUUAUAAUGACUUCUGACUAGAAAGGAGAAGCUAGACAUUGUUCUGUAACUUCCUAGUGUAUGAGGGUCCAUGGAGACCCUCUCCCUUUUUUUAGCAGAGGCCUGGGUAUUAUUGCUGAAAUAUCUUCCUCCAGGUUUAAUGCUUGCAAGUUUAUAUGCUCGUUUGUUUUUUUAAAUAUAUAGGCCUGGUCAGAGACUUAAAAUUUCCAACUGUUCCACUUGUUCAGCCAAGUUAUGGAGCAAUGUUAUGAGCAGUGCCUAGCUAACAUUACUGCAAAUCAAGGCUGUGAAUGGCAUGCACAGCUGGGCUCCUGGAGAUGGGCAUGUUAUGCUCCAUGUUCAAUAGCUGGCUUAUGUACAGCUAACACCUACUGGAGCUUUGGGAAACUUUGGUCCAAACAAAGCUAAGCUUCAGGAGCAAAAUACUUGACAAAUGCAGGACAACACUCUCUCUCUAGAGAAAAUGAUGCAACUAAAUAUGGUAUUGGGCCCUGAUGAAGGCUGCUUACAUGUGUGUUUGUGUACCUGCACUGAUCAGGUGUUUACUAGCUGUUAAUAAAUAUGGUUGUAAUUUGCAAAUAUUUUAAUGAAGGAGCAAGUGAUGCUGGCUGGAUUUUGUUAAAACAUUUGGUGACAGAGAGGUACUUCAUACUUGCACCUCUUUCCCUCUGCACCACAGAGGAGCUGGAAAAACAUUACAGUUGCCCGAACAGGUGUGUCAGGUGCAUGCUGGUCAGCAGUUGUUCAUCUGGUACAGGCUUUGCUGUUCCUUAACUUCCUUGCAUCUUUGUGGUGAUGUUAGAUCAGUUUCUGGCAUUCAUGAUUGUAGAAUGUAGAUGGACUCUUGAAAAUGGGCAAGUGUUCUCAGAAACCAGUGACAAUAGUAGUAAAUUGUGUUUAGGUAAAGGUAAAGGGACCCAUGACCAUUACGUCCAGUCGUGACCGACCCUGGGGUUGCGGCGCUCAUCUUGCUUUAUUGGCCGAGGGAGCCGGCGUACAGCUUUCCGGGUCAUGUGGCCAGCGUGACUACGCCACUUCUGGCAAACCAGAGCAGCGCACGGAAACACGUUUACCUUCCUGCCUGAGAGGUAUCUAUUUAUCUACUUGCACUUUGACGUGCUUUCAAACUGCUAGGUUGGCAGGAGCAGGGACCGAGCAACAGGAACUUACCCUGUCGCAGGGAUUCGAACCGCCGAUCUUCUGAUCGGCAAGUCCUAGGCUCUGUGGUUUAACCCACAGCGCCACCCGCAUUCCCUAAAUUGUGUUUAGGCCUGUCUUAAUAAUUCUGACCAGAUAUACAGUAGAUCUAUAAACAAUAUGCAACUAUUUUAAUAUUUUGGUUUUGAAGAGCUUGGAACAAUUUGAAACGAAGUGGGCUAACCUGAAGAGGACUUGUUGGAAAUGAAAAUUCUUCAUAUUUUGUUGAACUUUUGCUUUCCAAAAGGGAGCAGAAAUGCUGGCUCAGUUCUUCUCAUUGCUGUCUCUCAUCAGCAAGUCUUUUUCAAAACAUUUGGCUUUAGUUAGCUGGCUAACGUGAAACAAGAACAGGUGGUAUGUGGGUAACUGAGCACUUCCUACAACUAAACCGCUGAGCCAACUUAAUUUGUUCUGGAGAUCUGUUCUUAACCUGAAACUGUUCUUAACCUGAGGUACCACUUUAGCUAAUGAGGCCUCCCGCUGCUGCUGCUCAGUUUCUGUGCUCAUCCUGAAGCAAAGUUCUUAACCUGAGGUACAAUUUCUGUUUUAGCGGAGUCUGUAACCUGAAGCGCCUGUAAUCCGAGGUACCACUGUAACAAGGAAACAAAGGAUAUAUUUCCCAACAGCUUUGUUUGUAUGCAGAUGCAUGCAGAUUUAGUCAGUGGGCACUGCAAUUCCAAGGUCCCUGGGAGGGUGGGUUGGUGCGGGGAGGGGGAUAGGACAUGUGGGAUCUCUCUGAGGGUGGAGAGUGACAAUGGAACACAGAGGUAAGUAGGGCAAGGCAAAAAGGUGGUGUGCUGGAGGCAAGCUGCGGGGAGCAGGGAGGCUUGGGUCAAAUUCCUUCCCAGUGCCCCCCUCCACAAUAACCCCCCUAAACCAGGGGAGCAUUAUCCUAGCCUAGGAGCUGUUGGUGUUUGUUUCCUUCUAAUUGUUGUACAUGGGGGGGGGGGAAUUGUUGCUCUGUUGUGUGUGUGUGUGUGUGUGUGUGUGUGUGUGUGUGUGUGUUGGAACCCUGCAAAUGAACAGAGGAAGUGCAUUGUUUGCUCCUCUAAUAACCUGGUAGGGCUCCUGCUGGCAGGGUAGAAGACUGCAUUUAGUUAUCUCCAGCCUUAAGAAUUGCAUGUGUUUUCUCAGCAUUGUAAUCCUGUGCAUAUUUUACUAACCCCAAGCCUCACCAAGCACAGUGGGGGCCAAUUUCUGAAUAAACCUGUGUAGGUUUGUGCUACACUAUCUCUAUUACUGGGUGACAGCACUAACUCCUUCCCAUAAACAAGAUUAUUCCAUCUCAUGGAAAAACUCAUAGGAACAUGAGACUUAACUGCUCAUAUGGUGAUCAUGAUUCUCACUGGGAUGGUAGAAAUCUUACUAUUGAUUACAUUUAUAACGCACCCUGCCCUCCAAGGAGCUCAAGGGAGGAUGCAUAGUUCUCCUCCCCAUUUUAUCCUUGCAACAACCUUGUGAGGUAGGACUUUAUCUUGUGAACUGCCCUGAGAUCUUAUGAUGAAGGGUGGUAUAUAAAUCUAAUCUAAUGUAAAAUAAAUAAAUGGAUGGAUGGAUGGUAGCAGCUUUCUUGAAUAUCAUAUUCUGUGGUGGCACUGUCCUGUAAGUUAGCGAGUGGGAAACACAACUGUGUGUUUCCAAGAUGUGGAGCUGAAUGUUCCUUCCUGGACUUAGAUAUGAGAAAAUUGUUACUGUGUCCUCCAUAAAGAAUCGUAAAGAGAAUCCUAUGUCAGAUAAUUAUGUUGCUGAAUUUACAGUACUUUGAAAGUGCUGUGUAAUUCUACAAUUAUAAAGUUUGCUUCUUCAUAAAGUGGCACAGUUAAAAAACAUCCUGGGAAUUUGUGCUACAUCCUGGGAAUUUCUGCUUUGCUUCAACACCCUAAUUGAAGUAGAAACUUGGUGAAUGACCCAUACUUCUCAUUGCCUAAAUAAGAAUUAAUUCAAUUUUCUUCUUUUUGUACCAACAUUUAGUCCCUAUUCAUAGAGCCUGGAAAAAUGCUUUUUAUUCAUUUGCAGCAUCUCAUUUGACUCAACCAUCUUAUUUACUGUAAAUGUGGCUUUUAAAAUAACUAUCCUUGGCUAGUAUCUCUGAAUUCCACUUCCAAGCACGCCUGACACGUAGCAGUGUUUUCCAAACAAAGCUGGAGACUUUACAAGCUCUGCUUUAAACUUUGAGGAAACUUUUGCAUGUAGAAGUUGCUGUCUGAACUGGCUAUUGCCUUUUCUCUUUCAUAUUAGGAUGGAGAAGGAAAUGAGCCCCACACUCAUGGAAAUAAGCCUGCAAAACAGUGUAUACAUCAAAUUUGCCUUAGGGGCUUAAAGCAAUAAACUAGCACAGUGUUACUUGAGCUGAAUUUACUGAAACUGUGACCAGCUCAGGAAAAUUUCUAAUGCAUUCAGUGUGUCAGUAUUUGCACAGCAAAAGAAGAUUUAAAACCGAGGUACUCCUUAUGGGUGCUCCCUGCCUUUUAGUGCUACUGAGACAAUGCUUUGGCACAUUAAGCCAUAAGCAAGUUUUAACAACUGUGGGUCAACACCUCACCUAAUAAAGCGCUUUUUGCUUCACUGCAAUUUUGCAAUAAUGUGUCUGAUUCAGUGGAAGUACAAAAAGUAGUUGGGCAUUGCUGAGCUGACUGACAACAGCUCUUUAUUUCUUUUGUAAACACAGAAGUAAGUCUCCUAAAUUGUUACCUUUGGUCAGCAAACGCUUUCCCUCUGAUGUUGAAGAUAUCUCUGCCUCUCUGCAACAUUGUUUAUUAGUUAGUUUCCAAGAGCCUGCACUAUUCAUCUCCCACCCUGAAGCAGAGAAUGGAUGCAUUGGCAAGGCUGACAGAACUGUGGUUAUUAAAGAGAGUUACUUCAUGAAAGACAUUCUUCCCAUACACAAAUUAUCUCUGUAUAGGGAGAAAAAGAGUAGCUCUUCAUGGGAGCGUCUGUUUCAGCCAAAGGAGAUAGAAAACUGUGCAACUGCUGGAACGUAUAUUGAUGUCCACUUACUAUGAAUCUAUAUAUGGAGCUGACCGAAAGUGGAAUUCAGGAUGUCUUGGUAUGAGUAUAAAGCAGCGUGAGCUCAACUUAAGAGGGCUGUGAUCCUCAAAUGUGUAUAGUAAUGAGACUUUCAAAGUUUGCCUUUGGACUGUUUCCCCCUAAAUGAGGCAAUUGCCUCACAUAUCAUCCCUUUUGAUAUUAGGCAGUGAUAGAGCAGCAGUGAAAGUAAAACAGAAUAUAUAUAUAGCAAGCUGUAGUGCAGGGAAGUCCUUGUGUUAAAUGCUCUUGACUUUGAUCAGUAGCUCACUUUGAACAUGACUGUGUACAGUGCAUAACUAUAUGCAAAAUAGGGCUAUCUCUUCUACAUGAAGAGCAUCUCAUCACUUCAUAAAGCAUCUUGUGUACAUCAUACUGCCAUGUAUGUUUUUUUUUAAUAGAACUUGGGAAUGAUCAAGGAUGUCUGUUGCAUAUUAUACUUAUGGGCAUCUGUAUCAAAAAUCUGAGCUGUAUUCCAGACUACUGUGUCGCUUAGAUAGUGUUAGAAGAUACGGAAGCUAGGAGCUAAAUGGCACCUUAAACCAAGGUUGUGGGCACAACAACGGAAUGUCUAGGCACACUUUUUAAUAACAAGAAUACAAAGCUGAAAAUGAAUGAACUGCAGCUAAAAUAUUAUGUUCAUUUUUCACACGGCAUAGUCCUUCCGCUGCCCACCCCCUUAAUAUUCUUAAGAGGGUCUCUUCUCCAGUCUUCAGAGUGUAGCUGGAAGUGGGGAGGCAAAAAAAGGUCCUCCUUUCUCCUUCCAUUCUGCAGUUUUAAUCUGAAAUCUUAGGCUCAGUACUGCGCCCAGAGCUCAAUGAAAUUCCCAGUUGCAAAAUGUGCCUAGAACAAUGGGAUUUUCGAACACUGACCUUAGCUGGCAUUAAGACUUCUGCUUGUGAUUUCUUAACUGGUGAAUGAAGGUAAAAACAACUGCUAUCAUCUAAUACACAAUGGGAAGAGGGCUGGAGAGAAUAGUUAAGUUAAUAGGGUUUUGUGUUAGUGUGCAUCUUGUGAAUUCUUUCUUAAGGUUCAAAUGUGACUUGGCUGUAUGCAUUGCCAUUGUGUGUUGUGGUAGUCUUGAUUAAAAACAGUAAAACCAAUAUGGCUAUAUGAAGGGGGGGGGCCUACAUUGUAAAUUCUGGUUCUGCAUUGUUUUGAUACAAAAAUAAGUUAAAUAUAAGAACAAAAGCAUCCUUUUUAUCAGGAGAUAGUGGUUAGAAUAAUGCCCCUAACCUCCUUAAAGUAAAAGAUCUUAAUAUUCUUUAGUCGUUUAGUCGUGUCCGACUCUUUGUGACCCCAUGAACCAGAGCACGCCAGGCACUCCUGUCUUCCACUGCCUCCCGCAGUUUGGUUAAACUCAUGCUGGUAGCUUUGAGAACACUGUCCAACCAUCUUGUCCUCUGUCGUCCCCUUCUCCUUGUGUCCUCAAUCUUUCCCAACAUCAGGGUCUUUUCCAGGGAGUCUUCUCUUCUCAUGAGGUGGCCAAAGUAUUGGAGCCUCAGUUUCAGGAUCUGUCCUUCCAGUGAGCACUCAGGGCUGAUUUCCUUCAGAAUGGAUAGGUUUGAUCUUCUUGCAGUCCAUGGGACUCUCAAGAGUCUCCUCCAGCACCAUAAUUCAAAAGCAUCAAUUCUUCGGUGAUCAGCCUUCUUUAUGGCCCAGCUUUAUGGCCCAGAUCUUAAUACAGUGGUACCUUGGGUUAAUUUGUUCCGGAGGUCCGUUCUUAACCUGAAACUGUGCUUAACCUGAAGCACCACUUUAGCUAAUGGGGCCUCCUGCUGCUGCUGCACCGCUGAAGCACGAUUUCUGUUCUCAUCCUGAAGCAAAGUUCUUAACCCGAGGUACUAUUUCUGGGUUAGCGGAGUCUUUAACCUGAAGCGUAUGUAACCCGAGGUACCACCGUAUAAAGCCAUCAAAACAAAAGCCUAUAGUUUAAAGUUCAACUAACCUAAUGAAAAAUGUAAAAAACAUGAAGCAGGCUUAAAACUAAAUUCACAAACCUCAUUGACUGUCGCAAUAGUUUCCUAGCUAGGAAAAGUAUGUGCAAUAAAUAAUAUAUGUGGCUGAUCUUAAGCAGCAAUUAAAUUCUGAGAUAAAGAUCCUUUUUCUGCAGCCAUCUGAUAAAGCGGGGUGGGCAAACUUUUCUUUCUUUUGAGGGCUGCAUUGCCUCAUGAGAUUUGGCUACUUGAGUACUAGUAUGGUGAGGAUUUUUGAUACAGCUUUUGGUAGAGCUUAUUUAAAAAACAAAUAACUAUCUUGAGACGGAAGUUUGUGCAAGCCUGUUAGUUUGUGCAGGCUCAGUAAAUCUGGGAACCUCCCCUUUUCCACCCAGAAAACCAGAGGUACAAAGUUUGCUACAGAAUUAGUAUCCCCCCCCCCCCCCAGUUAAAGUAAAUAACUGUUGCUUCCUCAUUUUGAUUCAUUGCUCUGGAAGACUCCAAAAUGGGAGGAGGAGGUCAGAAUGCUGUGCUUCUGAUGGAGCUCCUCAUCCCUAAGUGCUUAUAAUAUUUGGAGUAAUUUUUAUGCUGUUAAGAUGCCAGAUAUAGUUAUUGGGUUAUGUUGACAAAUAGUGUGCUGCAGCACCCAUUAAGGCUUCAGCAUGCCCUAAAGUGGCAAGAGUGGCACUGUGAUGCUGGGAAAUCUGCAGCAUGAGCUACAGUACAUUCCAAAACAGUCAGGAAUUCAGAACUCAAGAAGCCUAUACAAAGCACAGAAGCACCUAUCAGAACUUUCUGUUGUUAUCUACCACUGCUAAAUUUAGACUUUUCUACUGACCUUCAGGGCUCUUUUCAAGAGUGACUGUAAAGGGUUUGGUAUUAGGGCUCUUGGACCUUUCUUCACCAGAAAAUGUGUUCUUUAAAAUUCUGUCCACUCCCAGUCUCAGCUUCUGGUCUCUCCUUCUUUCAGGUUUGCCCUUUCAGACCCUUUCUUUCUGGAGUCUUGAUACCUUCUAAGACCCAUCUACCAUCUAAUUAAGAAAGCAGUCCUUUGACCUCAAGGAUGAAGAGAACUCAUUUGAUACUAAUACAGGACUUCUUACAUUUUCAGAAAAUGUUUUAGCUAAUUAGUGUGCUCUCCGGACAUGUUAAAAGUCUUAGAUUUAAACACUUAGAUUGUGUUAAGUUCUGUAGCUUGAGGAAUGAUCAUUGUUAAGCACAACAGCAGUUCUUGGUUGAAUAGGAAUACCCUGAGAGAGUCUGCCACUUCUGAAAUGUAGCUGGAGAAAUCUUUCUGUAUACAGCUCUAUACAGAUACAGAGCAGCAGGAGCCCAGUGUAAUGUGAUUCCUCUGACCCCAAAAGGCGUAGCAGGAAAUAGUGAGCAACAGCAGCAUUGCAGAGCAUUUGGCAAUAGAUGAGUAUCUGGUGUCGGUUCAGAAAAUCUUGGGCAAUGUUACCAUGGAGAGCAGUGACCAUUAGGGAUCCUGAGAGAUUCUGGCAAAGUAGCUAAGAAUGGGUCCCUCAAAGCACCAAAUGGAAAAGUGUGGUUCUAGAACUAAUGUUAAGUGGACUAAUGUAGAACAAUAGGAGUCCCAAUAAUUGAAAAAGGGUUAUAGGAGAAGGUGCACGGUGACAAUAGGAUGUGGAAUGUUUUAGGCAGAGUUGAAGAAAAGGUGUGUGCAAUUUCCUUCUGUCUUUUUUAAAAAACAAUUUUAUUUAUUAAGUGGUCAUAGCUGUGCAGAAGCGAUAAAAAAUACUGAAGUGCUGGGUUAGUUUCCCAUACUGCCUCCUUCUACUCCUUUUAGGAAUAUGGACUUGUGGCUUUUUCUGCUGUGAUACUAAGGGAUAGUGAACAUGCAGACAUUAAAAUUCAAAACAUGUUGUUGUUUAUAUUGGAAUAGCCCCAGAGGAUAUUCUCUCUGCUGAACACCACCAGUCCAAAGUGUGAUUCAUGCAAACUUUUGUUGUGGCUGAGGUUGGGAUGGUUUCUUAUAAACCAGGCUGACUUGAUAGUGUUAUGGUGGUCAAAUGGGGCAGCAUGGUUUGAAUUGGUGUGUCACUAUGUUUGUAGUGAACCCAGGAUGCACUCCAACACUCUUGAACUCAACUGUUCUUUGGGAUUUGGUUCCCAUAAUUUUGAUUGAUGGUAUGUGCUGAUUGUUGGCCCUUUUAAGAAGAUGUACCCUAAAUAAACCUCUGUGAAAGUCAUGCUCAUUGGAACUAAUGCUGUUGACUGGAAAUGCAAUAAUUUCGUAACCAUUUCAGCAGCCAAAUGCUUUGUAAUUGAUAUGUCUUGUGGGUGAAACUUUUGCAACUAUUAUGCAACUUCUAGGUCCUUGUCCUUGCUUGUAAUUUAUACUUCAUGCAUCUGUUUUAUUGCCGAAGUUUUGUGUAACUAUCUCUGACUUCAGGACCUAGCUAUCCAGCAGGAACAGUAUGUAUAUUUUUCAUAUUUUUAAGUUUAAAUUUGUAUCUGCCCUUCACGCAAAGAUCUCAAGGUGGUUCACAGCAGUGUUUGUACUGUGAGCCCCUGCAUCCUUUCUUAAGGCUGUAUAUAUAUAUAAAACCAUAUAUCCUAAAAAAAAGGGUGGUUCACAGCAUAAUUUAUCGUAGAGUAUUUUUGAAAAUGCCGAACAAAGAGACUCACCAGAGAUUUCUAGUUAUUACUAACUCAUUUUACUUGAAAAUCCCAGAUUACCAACAAUUAAUCUAUUCUGUUUUAUUUCUAGUUGCUCAGACCAUGUAUCCUAAAAAGCGAACCUUAUAUUUUUAAGCUUGCAAAUUUUAUAAACUAGUUUUUCCUAUAAUAGGUAAAUAACUUCAGAAGAAAGAAAUGCCAGUAGUGGUCUCUGGCCUUUAAAUGGACAUGGGUUUCAGGGUGGCAUAACCUUGAGCUGUUCAAAUCCAGCCUUGGCAUUGCAAAUGCCCAUAAACAAGAAGCUUUUGAUACGAUUUGGUUCUGGAAUUCAGAAACCUAAUUGCCAGAAAGAAUAAAUGCAGAUUUGAACUUAAUGCUGUAACAUUGUUUUACAUAAUGAGAAUGAACUUGUUUCCCCCUGGGAUCGCACACUUUCCCUCCAGUGUGCCCACAAAGAGGAGUUUGGACAGUUUUGUUUUUUGUCUUAAAUUAACCACAGCUUGCCAUAGCAUCAAACCCAUACAGUGGUACCUUGGGUUACAGACGCUUCAGGUUAGAUUCCGCUAACCCAGAAAUAGUACCUCGGGUUAAGAACUUUGCUUCAGGAUGAGAACAGACAUCGUGCUCCGGCAGCGGGAGGCCCCAUUAGCUAAAGUGGUACCUCAAGUUAAGAACAGUUUCAGGUUAAGAACGGACCUCCAGAACGAAUUAAGUUCUUAACCCGAGGUACCACUGUACAAGCUAUGGUUAAUCACAGUGGUCAGUGAAAAAGAAGCCAGCUUCAAAGCACAGUUAAGAAACUGAUUUCUUUGUUUUCAUUAAUCAUAAAUAACCACAGUUUGCCUGGGUUUGCAGGCCAUAGCCUCCCAUAGACUUUCCAAAUAACUUUUUAGGACUGCACUGGAGGAGGCAGGGGGAAUCCAGUGGGAGGCAAGGCUUUUUCUUGCAGCACUAAACCAUGUGUAAGCAUUGCAUCCAAAUGCAACCUAAAACUAGUGUUAAUUUCUAUGGGUUUUUAUACUCUUCAGCUGUUUAAAAAACAGCCCUGUGAGUCAAAAUUCAAAUGUUGGAUUUCAUUCAGAUGGAGUGUUCCUCUCAGAAGCUUCUGUGUAGGAGUAGAGGGAAGUUUCAGCUUGUAGAAUGUGUCUCAUUUCAAGAGACUUAGAAAAAAAUUAAAUGGAAUGCUUCCGCAACCCUAAUGAUCUUACUCUGUUUUCUUCACAGAUCUUUGAUUUCUAGUUGAAUUUGCUACCACUUCAAUCAAGAUGCCACCAGCAAUUGGAGGCCCCGUGGGAUACACGCCACCAGAAGGAGGGUGGGGCUGGGCAGUAGUUGUUGGUGCCUUUAUCUCUAUAGGCUUUUCCUAUGCAUUCCCAAAAUCCAUCACGGUAUUCUUUAAAGAGAUAGAAAUCAUCUUCGAAGCAUCUAGCAGCAAAGUGUCCUGGAUCUCUUCCAUUAUGCUGGCAGUUAUGUAUGCAGGAGGUAAGUUUGCAAGCAAAAUAAAGCUGCAUGCCUUUACUGUGUCAUAUGUGGAGGCUUAAUUAUAAUGGUGACUCCUAGUUUAAUCUGUUUUAAUCAGAGGCAAAAGAUUCAUUAAUAGAUUUGUUGUGGGUACCUUAUUUCGUUUACACCCACACUGUAUAUUUAAAGCAGUCUUAUACCACCUUUAACUGUUAUGGCUUCCUCAAAGAAUCCUGGAAACUAAUUAACUGUAGGUUAAGGAUAUCUGGAGUUGCUAGGACUAUAGUACUCAAGUCCCUUAAACUACAGUUCCCAGGAUUAUUAUUUUUUUUGGGGGGGAGGGGAAGCAGUGACUGUUAAAAUGAUAUAGGAGCACUUUAAAUAAAUGGUGUGGAUGUGACCCUUCGUCUCCCAUGUGGUAGAAUGAAUUCUUGAUACCCAAAAUGGGAUGGGGGUGGGGUGGAGAAAACCCAACUCCAAAGCUAACUUUUUUUCCUCCUUUACAAAGCUGAAAAUAAAAUCUUUCCGGGGUACUAUUUCUGACCUGGCAGUCUUUCUGGUGUGCCUCUCUGACAUCAUUUGUAAGGAGGCUGCUCCAGGUUAGCUAAUUAUUCUUAUUCUUUAUUAAAUUUGUAUUUUACCCUCCGUCCAAAAAUCACAGGGUGGUUCACAACAUAAAAAUAAAAAACGAGAACACAAAAUGCAUAAUAAAACAAAAAACCCCCCAAACCAAUACCCCCCCAUACAUUUUUUAAAACCAUAGAAUGCUCUAUCAGCCCAAGGUGGCCUGGUUAUAAAGAAAUGUUUUUGCAUGGUGCCUAAAGAUAAUAAUGAAAACACCAGGUGAGCUUCCCAGGGGAGAGCAUUCCACAACUGUUGUCAUGUUGCCACCCUCUGGUACCUCUUGUGGAGGAGGCACACGAAGAUGGGCCUUAGAUGAUGACUGCAGGGUCGGGUCAGUUCAUAUAGGAAGAGAUACUCCCUGACACACUGCAGUCCUGAACCAUUUAAGGCUUUAUAGGUCAAAACCAGAGCUUUGAGUUGGGCCCAGAAACUAAUUGGCAGCCAGUGCAGUUGGGCCAGGAUCAGUGUAAUAUUCUCAAACCAUCUUGCCCUGGUCAGCAGCCUGGCUGCUGAAUUCUGUACCGGCUGAAUUUUCCGAACCAUCUGCAGAGGCAGCGCACAUAUAGCACAUUGCAGUAAUCUAACCUACAGGUUACCAGAGCAUAGACAACUGGAGUUAGGCUCUCUCUGUCCAGAUAGGGCCACCAGCUGAAGCUAAUGAAAGGCAUUCCAUGCCACCAGGCCAUCUGAGCGUCAAGCGAUAGCAAAGGAUCCAUCAGUACCCUCAAGCUACAUGCUCACGCCUUCAGAGGGAAUGAAACCCCAUCAAGAACAGGCAACCUUCAAGCUAUUUGGUCUAGGGGACCAUGCCGCUAACAGUCCCUCCCUCUUAUUUGGAUAGAGCUUUAGUUCGUUGGCUCUCAUCCUUUACUGAGGCAAGACAUUGGUCUACAACAUCACCCGCAGAUGUAAAGGAGAAGUAGAGCUGUGUGACACCAACCAGCUACUUGCUGGCAACACACUCCAAAGCUCCAGAUGACUCAGUGGUGUCAUAUAGAUUUUAAAAAGCAUAUGGGAUAAAAUGGAAUCCAGAGGAACCCCACAUUGAAAGCUGCAUGGAGCCAAAGAGCACUGCCUAAGCAUAAACCUCUGAAAAUGACCAUUCACACAGGACCAGAACUACUGCAAAGCAGUGCCGCCACCCCCCAACUUGGACAGAUGCUCCAGAAGAAUACCAUGGUCAAUGGUAUUGAAAUCCAAGGAGAAGUUGAGGAGAAUCAAUAGGGACAUAUUUUCCUUGGGUUUCUCCUGGCAGAGGCCAUCAUACAGGGCAAGUGCACUGCUUUUCUGAGUUAGCCUGGUUAAGGAAAGACAGUAGAUGCUCAGCACUGCAAGUCACAGGAAGAUACAUUGUAGGAGCAAAUAAAGCAUUGACUAUAUGUAUAUCAGAUCUUGUUAUUUCAGAAUUCCUGUGUUUUCCUGUUUUUUAAUACAUCCUAGUAAAUAAAAUUAAACUGGUUGCCCAUUUGCAAAGAUAAGCAGGGUCUGGUAUGGUUUAAAAUUGGAUGGGGGACUGUGGGUUGAGAUUUAUUCAUUGCAGUUGGACAAGAUGGCCCUCGGGUCUCUUCCAACUCCAUGAUUCUACUGUUUUUAUUAUAUUAUUUUAGUUGCUUUUAGGUUUUUUUAGACUGUUCAGGGAUUUAAAAAAAUAUUAAGUAGUCUUGAAAUGCCUCUAAAUAAAUACAGUAGUAAGAAAAACCUGCCCAGGGUAGAAGCUUUGGCUGAGUUAUUGCUUCCACCCUGGCUUCUUGCAAGUGGAACUGAAAUGUGUGCUGUGAAUUUUCUCACUUUCUUCUGUUAGAAUGACCUGUAAGGCUCCAAAGUGGGGGUUAAGGUACAAGGAUAAGAAAUAUUUCCUCCCUUGCUGCUUUCCAUAAUGAGGGUGGAUUACAGGUAGUAUUCAAUAAAUCAUUUUCUCUGAAAAUUGUAACUAUGAAACAAAAUCUACUUUGUUAAUAGAAAGAGGAAAUAGAGCAGCAGGAUGGGACUUCUAAUUUGGUGAGGAGGGGAAAAGAUAAAAAAAAUAGUACAGUGGUACCUCUUAAUCCGUUUUGGGGUGCCAUUCGCACCUCAAAAAGUCCACAACUAGAGCGUCUUUUCUGUGCAUGUGCACAGCGCUUCUGCACAUGCGUGGGUUUGCUGCAUUCGUAACCUGAAAGUCCGUAACUAGAGCAGAACACAACACGAGGUAUGACUACACUUUCCAAAUAGUUCAGUAUAAAUGUUCAUGCUCAUCUCUUGUUAGAAGCCAUUGAUGUUUCUUACUGGCAUCUGCGCUGUGCAACAUGUGUGAUCCAUGGUUAACUAUUUUCAGAGGUUUUGACCUGAUAAAGCAGGAUCUUGACAAAUAAACCUGAGAAAUGAAGAAUGUGAGAGUGUGGAAAUUUUUUAUAUACUUUUAUGCAAGAGAAAUCUGAACCAGGCCACCAUUGCCUUAAUGUUAGCAUAUAAUUUAUGUGCUACCAUGCAAGGUGUAUAAACCUUGCAUGAAAGCACAUGAAUUAUAUACUAACAUUAAGGCAAUGGUGGCCUGGUUUGAACUUCAUAUGCCUAGUUCCAACAAAGUAGGAUUUGUUGAUUGGGAGUGACCAGUGAGGUCAAGCAUUUCCCCCACUUCCAGGUGUGUAAGGUGCACUUAUAACCACAAGUUUCCUGCUAUGAAGAUUGCAAAAACAAAACAAAAACCCUCUUGCUUAAAACUCUCAAGGUGUAUUCUAUGAUGCUGGGCACAUAAAGGCAGGAGGAGGGAGUGCUGAAAUUAGCUGGCUGGGUUUUUCCCCCCUUCCUGAUUCAACAAAUCAUAUUUGAUUGGGAAAAUGACAUUUGAACCAGAAUUACCUGUUCAUCAGCAUUUCAAUGGCUGUGGCUGGAGGUCUUUCAUUAGAAUGGUCUGUGUAUAGAAAAGCUAACAAGAUACAUCUGAUUUAAAUUUUAUUUGAACUGAAUUAUUUCCAGUCUGCUUUCAAGCUACAGGACAAAGAUCCCAUUCUUUUGUCAUAAGCAUCUGAAACACAGGAUCUGAAAGGCUUGGGGCAAUUAUGGAGUGCAGUGUCCAGUUUUCUUUUUUAAAACAAUCCCCCCCCCCUUCUUGUGCAGGGAAGUGGUCCUGGUUAGUGAAUAGUACUCUGUAUCUUGCCCCCCUGUGUUCUUUCUCAACGCUCAUAUUUUCAGUAGUCCUCUCACUCAUCCAUGCCAACUCAUUUCUCUGUAUCCAACAAAACUCCAGACAGUGCAAACAGAAUGUUAUGUAAACUGUACCCUUUACUAACUUACAAGACUGAGUUUUGGCUGUCUUGGUGCAGUAUGUUGCCAGACCUUGGAUACUGUCCUGUAAUUGGAGAAGGUAGAGACACCCCCCUCCCAAGCUACUGCCGAAUAGGAAUCUCAGCCAUGGCAAUUGUAGCAAAACUGAUGCAUGCCAUGGAAAAAGGGGCCUAGGCUAUGCUGAGUCAGAUGAUUUUCUCAGGGCAAAUAGAAAACAAAUAUAUAUAUAUAUCCCAUUUGCUACUGAUACUUAAGCAAACAUCUCUUAAAAAACCCUAAAACCACUGAUAAAAAUCAACCUAUUGGCUGCAUUUGGAUGAGAUGCUAAAUCAGGGGUCAGCAAACUUUUUCAGCAGGGGGCCGGUCCACUGUCCCUCAGACCUUGUGGGGGGCUGGACUAUAUUUUGAAAAAAUAAUAAUGAAUGAAUUCCUAUGCCCUACAAAUAACCCAGAGAUGCAUUUUACUCAUGUAAAAACACGCUGAUUCCCGGACUGUCCGCAGGCCGGAUUUAGAAGGCGAUUGGGCCGGAUCUGGCCUCCAGGCCUUAGUUUUGCCUACCCAUGUACUAAAUGGAAGGAGUGCUAUUUGAGCAAGCCUAGUCUGCCCCAUGACUCCCCUUCCCCUGUUCUGCAUGGCUGUGAGAAGUCUGGAAGCUUUUGCUUUCUCAUAAUUGGACUUUCUGAGUUGUCUUAAUUGGGGAUCAGGGCUUAAACUUAGUUCAUUUCAAAACAAGAUACCUUCAAGUACUGGUGAAGCUAACAUAAAGGUAAAAGAUAAAGGGACCCCUGACUAUUGGGUCCAGUUGUGGCCACUCUGGGGUUGCGGUGCUCAUCUCGCUUAAUUGGCUGAGGGAGCCGGCAUACAGCUUCCAGGUCAUGUGGCCUACAUUACUAAGCCUUUUCUGGCGAACCAGAGCAGCAGCACACGGAAACGCCGUUUACCUUCCCGCCGGAGCAGUACCUAUUUAUCUACUUGCACUUUGACGUGCUUUUGAACUGCUAGGUUGGCAGGAGCAGGGACUGAGCAAUGGGAGCUCACCCCACUGCGGUGAUUCGAACUGCCGACCUUCUGAUUGGCAAGUCCUAGGCUCUGUGGUUUAACCCUCAGCGCCACCCGUGUCCCCAUCAUAUAUUACUCAAGUAAAAAAAAGCACUAUAACAGUUUGUAGAACAGGACAUACUGAAUACACACACACAAACACGUCUAUGUGUACUGAAUUCCGAUUCUCUUCAUUUUCUAACCUGAUGUUUCCCUUUUGGGAUGACGCGGCAUAAAUUCCUCCUUUGGAAGCAGAGCUGGGUAUUUGUGGCUUCAAUGCUGCUACAGUGUUGGUGGGCCAGACUUCUGUUUUGCAUUUUGCCUCAGAAAGCAAGUGACGUUGUUGCAUGAGACUUUUCCUUGGAAGGGAACAGUCUCUGCUUUGUCCUUAUUCAGUUGGUGAGCCAACCAGCAGACUUCCCUGCUUCAGUGUUACAACAAGCACGUAAACUGACUUAAUGAGACGUCUGUGAUUAUUUGCUUUAAAGGUUUAGAUAAUCCGUUUUCUAAACACCCUAUUUCUAAUCUGUGCUCCUCCAGCCCUUUCUCUUCUCUCUUCAUGGGCUGGGGAUGCAGAGGGGAGAGGCGCCCAGGGUCUUCCGGGCUUAGCCUGGAGCUCCCCGGCCAGCCUCCCCAAGCUCUCUCGGGGCUGCUCCUGCCCAGCACAUGAGUUGGCUUGAGGGAGGGCAAACAGAGCCCAAACAGCAAAUGGAGGAGGGUGGAAAAUGGGAAUCCCUUGCAGCUUCUUCCCUCAGGAGGUGCUAAACAAACACUUCCCUGUAAGGGAGGGAAGGUGGGCUGUGUAAACAUGAGGGGAACUAAGGCACAGAGAAGUAGCACACACAGAUUUCUGAGGUGAUUUCUGUGCCCCCAGCAGGGGUCAGUUUUGCCAACCUUCUAGUUUAGCCUCUGACUGCCAAAGUCUUUUUUCCCCUUGGAUGCCUGUCCCCUUUCCUCCUGCUUUUAAUUUUUAUUGUUGUUGUUGUUGUUGUGCAUAAAGCUGAAUGCACACAAGUUAAAUGCAUGUAAGUUGUGGGCGGGUGAAGAUUGGCUUUUCCUUUGUUUGGAAUAAUAAGAGAAAAUGAGAUGUUUGUUUCUAAGAUGGGACAUAAUUAUUUCAUUAGCUAUUGGUAUACUUCCAAAAUAUCCAGGCUCCAAAGAGCAAUAUUUUCUGGUCUCACUUGGCUAUAAGUGUCGUGAAUGUUUUAUUUUUUAUUUUGCUUAUUUGUGGCUGGCCUUGCUAAGCAUGUGGCUUACUUAGUCUAUAUGCUUGUUUGCACUGUUGUCCUUUAAACCAUUUCCCAGUAAAAUGAAUCUUUUUUAUUAAAAUUGCAUAUUUGUCCAGAAAAGGACAGUGCUCUUUUUCAAGGUAGUGAUUAAAAACUUGGUGGAAGCUCUGCCAUUUAGGAGUUUCAUAUAACCACAUGUCAAGGUUCAUGUUCUGCAAAACUUUACAUAAGCCGCUCCAUUGAUAGAUGAGAUUUUACUCCAUGAAGUGAAAUGUAAUUUGGCUGUGUGCUCACUCAGUCAACUGGACUUGAAUUCUGCCAAUUCUCCCUUUUAUAACAUGGUACAAUUCAGUAGUGUCCUCUUAACAAACACAGAACUUUAGUGUUUAAUAUCCAUGUGACACUCUGAAGCUAUUGUGUGCUUUGUGUAGGUGUUCUGCAGCUGCUGAAGCAUCUGGAUGUUGCAGUGAUAUAAGAAAAGACUGCUGCACAAAAGCAGUAGCUGCAGAACACUGCAUGCCUAGCGUCAUUCCUAUAUAAAACAAGUGGGUGAACUGUGGUCUGGGGGCCGCAUGUGGCUCCAACCUAAUUUUAUGCUCCUUCUGACACCUCCUAAAGCUGCCCUGUUCCUCCAUCUGAUCAGAAUUCCUUCCUUCCUGCAUGCCCUCUCAGUUUUCCUGGCUUUUAACAGUGACCCACUUUUAUGUAGUUUCAGUAGAAGUUGAAAGGAUGUUAUUUUAUUUGAUGAAAAUAAAUGGGAGUUUGUUUUAAAUUACCUUUUUUACUUAUUUGCUGUGGGGGGGGGGCAAAUUUAAGUGUGAAAGGAAUUAAUUUUAUUUGUUUUCCAGAACAAUAGUUAUUUUGGUUUGUUGUACUAAAAAUCCUCUUAUCUAAAUUAUUUGAGUGAUACUGUCAAACCCAGCAGGUCUUAAGUUCUGAGUAGACCUCCAUAGGAUUGGACAUUCUCAUCCAAGGGUAGCUACAGUGAAAAUUGAAGCAAUCUCCUUUCAGAUUAGUUAAUCCAUAAUUCUUUUGUUUCUAGCUCCAUCCGUUCUUGGUCAUUCUUUGCAUGCGGCCCCCAAUAUACUGUUCUUGAUAGAACGUACUUCAUGAGGGAAACAAUGUCUACCCACCCCUGCUACAGGCAAAAUUUCAAGGGAUAAAAUUUCAGUGAUUUAUUUACAGUUGCCUUGUAAAAAGAAAAUGAUGGGCAAAGUGCCAUGGUGCAGUGGCAGAACAUAUGCUGUGCAUAUGAAGAGUCCCAUAUUGUCUUUCUGCCAAAAUCAGUAUGAUUUUGGUUAACGGGCACAGUAGAUUGCAUGCAUGGUUGAGCAAACUAAGAUCCAACAAGCUUGUGAAGAGUAGAACAGGUACGACUUCAGCACUGAAGGUGAGAGUCAUCUUUGGAUUGGCAAUCUACUUGGUUCUUCCUCAGAAUCGAUAACUCUACCUACAACCUCCUUCCCAGCUGACUCUUGAGACCCCCAGGGGACCAGAUGGGGCUCAUCCUAAUCCACUGGGACCCUCCCCAGGAAUAUCAAACUGUAGCUCUUCAAGCUUCUCCCACCCUUCUGGGUAAAAUAAAGCACUGCAUAGACCUAUUCCUGAGACCUUGAAUUUUGGUUGGCUGGACAGGGCAACUUCAUAUGUAUUCAGGCCUGGAAUUUGGGAGCCCCAUAUUUAAUUCUUGAGAUUUCUUAUGAAUAGGCUACACAGCUGUAAAGUGCACUAAUCACUUUACCGUGAUUUUUUUUAAAAAGCUUUAUUAGGAAAAUAAUAACUGACAUACAGAAAGGAGACUGCUGUACUUUGUGUACUUCUCUAAAAACAAUUGGAACAGUACCAAGUGGGACAAGAUGUGACCCAGCUGGAACUUGUUGGGAUUUCUGAAUGCCUUGGUUGUUGUUUUUUCUAAAAACUAGGAUGCUGUUAUCAAGGCCAGCAAACUUCUGUUUAGUUAUCCAGGGUCACCAUGGGGCUGAGUACCUUGUUAUCUGUUAAUGGAGAAACCAGAUCAGUUAAUCUCCAGGGCGUGCACAUUUGGGUUUAUUUAAAUGGGCUUUAUUAUUGGUCCUUAGUCACUGUUUGCUUUGGAUUUAGGAAAGUACUUUAAAUACUGCCGUGUAGCUUUAUCAGACUCAUACCUUUUGGUUGGUAAUUAAAAGAAUAUAGUAUAUACAUAAAAGAUAUUGACUAGAGAGGAUUUCAGCUGUGAUUUCAGCUACUGACUAGCCUGGAAUUUGAUACACAAGUUAUACUAAAAUACCCUCUCUUUUGUUAUCACUGUUUUAUAUCUGGUUGAAACUGUUCAAUUCAUCUGUUAUGCCAAUCGUCAAACUACUUUUUACCACUCAAGGAGUUGCUUUGGAGCUGAAUCAUACAUUUACAUAUUUGGUAAAAAAGUGAGUUUACUACAGACUGCCUACCCUCACAACCAUUUCAGUGUGUGGUUGUCAUAGGAAAAAUCCUGCUGUCACCUGUAUUAGCCUGUAGCAAAUUGUUCUUAUGUAUGCCAACUCUGCUACCCAUUCUUCAUUUUGUAAGUUGUUUAUGAAAUGCUAAUUCAGCCAGUUCUAAAGUAGAGUGUUCAGCUGUGUGGACAUGCCCAUAAUACAGUGGUAUUUCAGGUUACAGACACCUCAGGUUACAAACACUUCGGGUUACAGACUCCACUAACCUGGAAGUAGUACCUUGGGUUAAGAACUUUACCUCAGGAUGAGAACAGAAUUCGCAUGCUUGCGGCGCGGCAGCAGUGGGAGGCCCCAUUAGCUAAAGUGGUACCUCAGGUUAAGAACUGUUUCAGGUUAAGAAUGGACCUCUGGAAUGAAUUAAGUUCAUAACCAGAGGUACCACUGUACACACCCCUAACCCAUGGGUCAUCAGCAUGACUCCUGUGGGUGCAGUGGUCUACUCCUGACGCCCUUGGAUCAUCUAACCACCUCCUUCACUGCCCCAUUGGUCAUGAGAUGUGAUAAUGAUUACCUUUUUCUUCCUUGAAAGGUACAUAGAGUGGAAGGAGGAAGUUGGAAUUUCUACGCGCGUACACACACACACACACACACACACACACGAGGGGGGGCAUUUACAAAAGUCACCCAACUUGUAGGAACAGCUUCUCUUGCUGUUGGAGUGGGAAUGUGCUUUUCCACAAGCAGAGCUCCAGUUGCAGUUCUUCGAUCCAAAUAUGGAUCAGCCUGGGACAAGCAAGCUAAUCUUUAACAUGGUGAUUCAUGUAUAAUAUCCACAGCCUUCAAAAGUUCAUGCUUUGCUUGGCAGGCACCUGUUCCAAAGUGUAGGAAAUGAACAGAAAUGUAAAACCCUUUUUCACAUCUAGAUAACUAUUGUCCUUUCGAUUUUCUCCUAGGUCCCAUCAGCAGUAUCCUGGUGAACAAGUAUGGCAGCCGGCCAGUCAUGAUGGCAGGCGGCUGCCUUUCAGGGUGUGGCUUGAUUGCUGCCUCUUUCUGUAACACAGUGGAAGAGCUUUACUUUUGUGUUGGGGUUGUAGGAGGUGAGUGGCACGGCUGCAAAACAUCUACUUCUUCCUCGCCCAAUCCAUGGAACUCUUCUCUUCCUUUGAAGUCAUGAUACUGGAUCCUGAGAAGGAUGCAAAGAAACUAGUGUAGCCUAUGAAACAGAACUGAAAGGAUUAUAACAAGUAAUUGCCCAGGCUUUUAGAAAGGCUAAACCUAUGUCAUUUUUUGUUUUCCCUUUUGUUUCAAGUGAAGACCUUUUUAUUUGCUCGGGCUUUUUGGCUGUUGCGUUUUUCAAUCCUCCUUUGGGUUUUCUGUGGUUCUAAUACUUUCAUUUUUAAUGUUCUGCUCUUUUUAUAAUGUAAUAUUUAAGACUGUUUAAAUUUAUGGUUUUUAAUUGUUGUCUGCCUUAAGUGCCCUGAAAGGUGUGAUAUAAAUAGCUCAAAAUUAAGUAAGCUUGCUGAAAGAUACAGAGCGGUCCAGGAGAGAGUUGCAUGGCUUCUUCUUUGUAUGCACCUCUCUCGGCAGGAAGCAAGAGGGUGGCCAGAGUCCACUGUGCUUUGAAGAGAGGCACUGGGCCGAAAGGGAAGGAGGGUGCAUUGCCCUCAACCUAGCAAUUACCCCUCUUCGGGAAACCAAGUGUCACCACAGAGACUUCUGUGUUGACGUCUCAUUUUGAAGCUCUGCAUGGAAGAUGCAGCAUAUAACAACCACCUCUUCCAACCUUGGAGUUUGACUGCAAAGCACAGCAGCACUGCUUCUUACCUUGCAGGUGCCCCUCCCGGGAAACAAAUGGGGCACUUGUCAGGUAAGAACCCCUAACUCACAGUCUAUCCCUACACUAUUUAGCUUCUUGGCUCUUUCAGCGUGUGCUUGUUUUUUGUUUUUGUUUAAUAACCUCAAUUGCCUAUUCCAUAAAUUCUUUGAAUCUCUGUUUCAUACAUACGUCAACAGUGUAGAAGCUGAGUCAGAAAAUCACACCCCCACCUUCCUAGUAGCUCAAAACAGCAAAUAAGAGUACAUAGACCUAGUUUCUCUCACUCAGCCUGCUUCAGUAAAUAUGUUCUCUAAAGCAGUGGAUUUGCAGAGCAGCCAUUCUCAUACCCUUAAUUCAACUUUUUUUCUGUUCCUAGGCCUUGGACUUGCAUUUAAUUUAAACCCAGCCCUGACCAUGAUUGGCAAGUACUUCUACAAGAAGCGCCCGUUGGCUAAUGGACUGGCUAUGGCAGGCAGUCCUGUGUUCUUGUCUACACUGGCUCCCCUGAACCAGUAUUUCUAUAGCAUUUUUGGAUGGAGAGGAAGCUUCUUAAUCCUCGGGGGCCUCUUGCUGAACUGUUGUGUUGCUGGGUCUCUGAUGAGACCAAUAGGUCCCAAGCCGGAGCCGCCAAAGAAAGAAGUUAAGGAAGUGUUGCAGGAGGCUGGCAAAGCAGGGGCAAAAGAAGAUGGUGCAGGAGAUGUCAGUGCAGACCUUAUUGCUGGGAAGUCUAAAAAGCAGAAAAGCACAGUUUUGGGGACUGUUAACAAGUUUUUGGAUUUGUCUCUCUUCACGCAUCGUGGCUUCUUGCUCUACCUGUUUGGCAACGUGGUCAUGUUUUUUGGACUCUUUACUCCAUUAGUCUUUCUCAGUAAUUAUGGGAAGAGUAUGCAUUUCUCUAAAGAAUCUGCUGCCUUUUUGCUCUCCAUUCUAGCCUUUGUAGAUAUGGUUGCCAGGCCAUCCAUGGGCUUGGUAGCAAACACCAAGUGGGUGAGGCCCAGGAUCCAGUACUUCUUUGCUGUGUCUGUCGUUUAUAAUGGAGUGUGCCACCUUUUGGCCCCUAUAUCCACCACCUAUGCCGGCUUUUGCAUCUAUGCUGGGUUUUUCGGAUUUGCCUUUGGCUGGCUCAGCUCUGUCUUGUUUGAAACACUGAUGGAUCUAGUUGGAGCGCAACGGUUCUCCAGUGCUGUUGGUUUGGUGACUAUUGUGGAAUGCUGCCCUGUUCUUUUGGGACCCCCUCUCCUAGGUAAGAGUAUUUUCUGUAUUUCUCUUGCAGAGGGUUGUGUAUGGGGAUGCAUUUGUCUUUUGGUGAGAGAGAAGGGGGCAAGAAGGUUAGUCAGUUAGUUCUGGGGGCCAGUUGCUGCCCUCCAAACCUCUCUAUCUGGCCUGCUGAACUCUCCCCAGGCAGUACCUCCUUGAGUGUUUUUGCCUGGCUGGAAUGUGUCCUCAUGGUUUCCUCAAUAGAGGGGUGUGUGGUGAAACUAGCCUAUGCUACGAAGGUAACAUUUGCAUUUGUUGCCUUGCUCACUUUUGUAUCUGGUCUCACCUACCAAAGGCAAGUUGUACGCAGAAGGUGGUCCAGAUGGGAAUAGGGCCUUCAUUCUGAAAAAGAUUUCCUUCUCCUCCAGAGUCAGAAUUAUGUUGCUUCUGACACUUUGCAAAUGCCAGAACAGUGAUCUCAUCAGCCUGUGGUACAGUUCCCAUAUCCCUGUAUUACAUAUUUAUGGUGGAGCUGAUCCAGCUUAAAACAUGGGUUUUUUUUACCUGUGUAGGAAAUAACCUAAAAAGGGAGAGGAGGACGGUCCCACACUCCUUGGUAUUAAGGCAGAGACUUUCUCAUCUAGCCAUGAAGUAAAACGCUAAUGGUCUUUUAAUGUACUCCCCCCCCCUUCUUGUCCUAUUAGGUAAACUCAAUGAUAUGUAUGGUGACUACAAAUACACCUACUGGGCGUGUGGCAUCAUCUUGAUUGUCUCUGGGAUCUUCCUGUUUAUUGGAAUGGGCAUCAAUUACCGGAUGCUGGCAAAAGAGCAGAAGGCUGAGGACAAGCAGAGGGCUGAAGCGAAAGAAGAAGAAACCAACAUUGAUGAGGCUGAAAAACAAAAAGAACCCAGUAAUGAUGUGGCCAGUCUGCCUCAGAAAAGCACAGAAGAUAGUGUGAAAGAGGAGGAUAGCCACAUGUGAGAGAGACUGGUAUCUUAAAUCCAGGAGGGCAUGAUGAAAGAUUAUCAAUAUGAUAUGUUGUGCUUGGGUGCGGGGAGCACUGUUGGUAGUGAACAGUGGGGAGAUGUUUAUAAAUCAGGUGAUUUUUUUAAAAAGCUGCAAAUUGUCUUUUUAUCAGCAUUUGACAGUAGCAGAGCUCAAUGGGCAGUGCCAUCUUUUUAUUGGGUAUUGGGUGGGGAGGGAGGGAAAUUUUUAUACUCUGGCUUUUUUAACAGUAAUGUGAAUGUACUAAUAUGUGCCUUAGAGCUUCCACAUUUAGGCUGUUCUGCUGGAAAAGCCUUACCUUAGUUCUACAAACUGUUCUACUUAGAAUUUUGUAGUCUGCUUAGGCUAUAUCUGUAAAGGAUAUCUUGACUACUUUUUAUGCAGUAGGUUUCAAGGUUGGGUGUUAAAUAAACACUACUUCACAUGCUUCUAAAUUCUGUUACGGCCAGACUUGGUAGAAGUACAAAUAACUUUGGAGCAUAGGUGAUGAAAAGGUUGGUGGAGUUUUAAUCAAUAUUAUUGCAGUCCUGCUGUUUCUAGAUUCCAGGUACAUGCCAGCUUGAUUGUGUUUCUAACAGUUUUUGAAAACUUUUCUCAUUGUUGUGGGUUUUUGUUUUGUUUUGUUAAAGUCCCUUCUUGGUUAAAUGUGAGUUCUCGCCAUUUGAAUAAAAUAUGCAAAGAGACAUUUCCACUGUCUUUCACUUGACUUAUUAUGGAGUCAAGCCUACCUUUUAGUCACUAUUACUUUACUUACUGGUUGUCAUCAGCCUAGAAUGUCUGCCUUGAGAAAACAUUUCAAAAUGAAACGGGUAUCUGUGCAAGUAGAGUUGGUUACUUUGCGCAUGCCUUGUGCAUCAAGAGAACCCUCAUUUAUACAGUUUUUCUAUACCCGUUUGAUUCAUUCAGUGUCUGAGCUACCUUUGGAAUAGGAAAGACUAAGGGUGUUACCCUAAGCACAGCUGCUUGCUUACUAACCCCACCACUUCCAAAGGGAUGCAUUUUCAUUCUCAUGUUCCUCUUAUAAGUAGUGAUCUGACUGGGUGGCGAUGAAAUCUGGUACCCCAUUUUGUGCAGAUUAAUGCUCAGAGAACAGUGUCUCAGCACUAGCUAAACUGUUGAGCAGAUACUUCUUUCUAACCUGUGAUAAGGAUAGAUUGGUGGAAAAGCUGAACAGAGACAUUACUUUUUCUCAGUUCCUUGUGCUUUCUGAUGUGGCAACUUACUCCAAAUGGGCUAAGAAUUCGAAAUGAGAUGUAGCUGUUCAGCUGCAAGAUGCUUUAUUUGGUAAAAGAUGGGAGAAUCCUUUGUAUAUAUUUAUUCAUUUUUAUUAGUGAGAGUGAAAACCACACUUGGGAGGAUAGCAGAGCCUCUUGCUAGUCAUAAAUCCUACUAAAAGUUAAUAAAUAAUCCUGUAAGACAUUUACUUUUUCACAUAAACUUGCAUCAUCUCAUUCACCCAUCAAAUGCUGGUAGUUUUUCAUGCUACUUUCAACAAUUUUUCAUAGCCACAUUCCAAAGUGCACAAGUAUAUUGACAUAUAUCUUGUGAGUCAUCUAGUUAGAAGAUAGAGGCAAAUGAUCUCUGUGGGUUGUAAAGUUAAGUUCCAAUAACUGAGCCCACAUAGUUCAAUGGGACUCACAGAUUAGUGUAUAUAUAGAAUUUCAGUCUAAGACAUACUGUUGUGAGUCACCCAGUCUUGUGAAAACCUGUAGAGGAGUAUAAGUAACAGAAGCACAAUUUUCUUGGAAUGUACCUGAUGCUUGUGUGUGUGAACAGUGUGUGUUUCAGUGUGUGACUGCCGAAGCGAACAUUAGCACCUUGCUUGAUGUUUAGGCCAGAAAGAUAUGUGGGGAACACUGAAAACAGCAAUGUCUCCUCUGGUAAUGUCUAGUAAUACAAAAUGCAUUGUAUGUGCCAUUGGGCUCCUUGUUAGUCCCACACUACUCAGUUUCAUUGGAUGCUGCUUGCAAUGGCCAGGAAGCCCUUAGCAUAAUGACCUUGUUGUAUGUUUUGUACUAUUAGGGAGGAAGAGAAGAUGCUCUUUGUUUUUGGUGGGAGAUGCAAAUAUUCUAAUGUCUUGUUCUAGCCUCAAUGUAUAAAGUUCAUAAUAUUGUGGUACUGCAUUUGUCUUUUUAGGAUAUGGAAAAGAAAUAGAUUUUUAAGCGUGUUCUGGGAAUCUGAACCCCGCUUAAUAUGAACCAAAUUCCAGCUCUACAAUUCUGUGAUUCUGUGAAUUUGUGCAGUGGUUGCUUCUUGUUUUCCUGCAAAAUAGUGUUCCAUUCCAAACAGCUGGUGUUUAAGUAUUAAUGGGUGUUCUUAGUGUUCUCAAAUUUUUGGCCAGAUAAAUUGAAAUUCUGUUGGGUUUUUCCCUUCUAGGGUAGUGUAUUUUGAUGAUCAUCUGCACAGGAACUUCCUGUGCCUUUGAUUUAGCAGUUUCGUAAUAAGCCAUAAGCACAGGAGUUUCCUCUGCAGGGACUGCUUUGUGCGACCUAAAAGCAGGUUUGCUGUGUGGCACAUCAGUUUCCCUUCCCACAUUUCCACUUACAGCUGCAGACUUUGUACUUAGAGCUUUUAUCUUGUGAUUGGCCUCAAGUUGUAACAAGGAGGACCCUUCAGAUCCUUUUGGAUGAAUAGCACACAUUUGUGUGGCUUGUUUUGUGAAGAGUUAAUAACAGCAACUAUCCCUGUAAUGUGUAAUAUGUGAUGUCAUGAGUUUGUCCUUUGACAGGUAGGCAGAUUGUAGGAAAAUAUGCAACUACAAACUUUCAGCACCUGAAAGUUUGCUAAUAUGAGUGGUGAAAUGAAUUAUGAUUAGUAACACUUAGCAAUAAUUUGUCAGUCCCCACAAAAAGUCCAUGCAAACACAUCCUUAGAGGCUAAAUAUAACACGAUGCUCUUGCAGGGGUGGCUAAUCAGUGGCUCCCCAGAUGUUGAUGGACUCCAGCUCCCUUUGGUAUAUCCCAGCAUGGUGAAUGGGAUAAUGGGAGUUGUUGUCCAAUAACAUCUGGGGGGUGGCAUAGAAUAGGCACCCCAUUUCUAUUAGUUUCCCUCCACUUACUAAUGCCAGCAUUUUUCAUUAAAGGGUAGGAAAUAGAUUAACAAGUUUUAAACCUUUGAUUCUCCUUCACUGUGUAUCCUACUUUUUUUUUUUAAUCGAAGGUAAAUUACUUCUCUGUGAAACUCUUGCCUUGUCAAAGCUCAUACUGAAGAGAGAAUUCUUACCAUUUUGUGGAAACUCAAGUCUGCUUUCUUAGAAUGUUACGCAAAUAGUAGUUCUAAUAACUGGCCCACACUUUUGGUUUAUGCAAAUAAAGCUGAACAAAUUGAUUUUGUGUUUUUCAUUUGCUCACCCCAAAUAUGUAGAUUCUGACAAGUAACCUUGUUGGUUUUUUUGUUUUUUAAAAAAAGUUUCUGGAACUCUCUUGCCAGUAUUACACAAUGCACUGUGAAAUCCUUUUCUGUUGUCUUGUUUGCUUAGGUUUUGGAUUUUUAAUUUUUUUUUUUUUGUAAUUGCAUUCUGCUCUAAAAUUGUACAAAAAGGAACAGGUCAGGGUAUUUUCAUACUUUAGAAUAUGUUUGUUUAUAAAGCCAAUAGAGUAUUUUGUAUAAACAGAUUUUAUUGUACUGUAUUGAGCUGCGACAUAAAACCAAGUUAUAUGUUCAGAAGUUCCAUGUGUCAAGAAUUCGUAAUAACUGGUUCACAUUGCAAUAAACUAACAAUGAAAAAUUUC